GGCCCGGGCACCCGGAAGAGCCGCCGACUCCGCGGGCGCAACAGGCGCAACAGGCGGCCGAGCGGGGCUGCGCCGUGCGGACCCGGCCCGGGAUGGACAAGUUGAAGAAGGUGCUGAGCGGCCAGGACACCGAGGACCGGGGCGGCCUGGCCGAGGUUGUUGAGGCAUCUUCAUUAAGCUGGAGUACCAGAAUAAAAGGUUUCAUUGCGUGUUUUGCCACAGGAAUUGUCUGCUCACUACUGGGAACUCUUCUGCUCUGGGUGCCCAGGAAGGGACUGUACCUCUUCGCAGUGUUUUAUACCUUUGGUAACAUCGCAUCAAUUGGGAGCACUGUCUUCCUCAUGGGGCCGAUGAAGCAGCUGAAGCGAAUGUUUGAGCCGACGCGUUUGAUUGCAACCAUCAUGGUGCUGUUGUGUUUUGCACUCACCCUGUGUUCCGCCUUUUGGUGGCAUAUCAAGGGGCUUGCGCUCAUCUUCUGUAUCUUGCAGUCCUUGGCCCUGACGUGGUACAGCCUUUCCUUCAUACCCUAUGCAAGGGAUGCUGUGAAGAAGUGUUUUGCUGUAUGUCUUGCAUAACACACGGGCAAAACUUUGGAAGGCGCUGUGGAAGGAAGCUGGUGGACAGUUCUGUAAAUAACUUCUAAACCUCUGUCUUACAGACACGUGCCUUUUCUCUUGCAGCAAUGUGUUGCUUGUGAUCUGAACAUUUGAGGAUUGCUUUCAGAGGCAGUGUUGUGUUCCCAAACCCAGAUGUCUGUAGCACGGUAUGAGAGGGGUUCUGUAUCUUAUGGAGUAGAAUAUUUGUUACACACCCGUUUCCUCUUUAGAUGGUAUUCCACUGAAAUCUCCUAAAUAAAACCCUCAAUGAGCAGCCACAGAUCAGCCUUGGGAGCCAGUGCUUCCCAGGUGAUGACAGGCAGCCCCGUCAGAGGUGGCAGGGGUACAGCAACAAGGGACAGAGUUUUGGGAUCAUCAGGGGCUUUGUGGACUUGCCCUCAGCAUGGAGAGCACUACCCCGCCUCACCCAGCAUGGACGGACGUGCUUCUACUCUGGAGUCUGGGAGUGCGUGAUUCUGCUCCCCUCACAGCUGCACGCAAGCCCAUGGACAGCCUGGUCAUGGAGUGACAUAGCACAGGAUAAUGUGUUUUAAAAUCUGAACUGGUGUUGGCUUCGUUCUUUGGAUUCUACACCUGAUGGUGGAAUGUGUCCUCUUCAGGACACGUGUUUUGUGCACACUCUUUUUCUCUUGAGGUUUUCUUUCUGUCGCCCCCUUCACAUAUCUUUUCUCAUGACCUCCUGGAACUGGAUUGGGGACAAUGCAUGGACAGAACAGACACUGUUUGCUCUUGCACAAGACCUCACGGGAGCUGAAAAUCUUGCUGAUUUCCACUGUAUCUUGUUUUCAUUAUUUAUAAAUGUUGCUUUUAAACUGAUUCUAUUUUCCGAUCUCUGGAAUGGGGCCAGGGAAGAGUGGGUGGGAAGACAGGGCCCACAGGUAGGAGGCAUGCCUGUCCAGUGGCCUGGAAACAGUGCCCGAGCCACAAACACUGGGGCAGGGGGCAAUGGACAGUAGCGUGGUUCCCUUGCAGCCCCUGUCUAACCACACAUGCUGCUUGGUGCCCAGGACCCCAUCUAGUCCUCACAAGAACCUUGGGAUGAAGCGCUGAUGGUCAUCUCACUGGGCAGUCAUGGAAAUCAGGCCCAGAGGGGUUAGAAGGCUCCCCCAAAGCGACAGUGGUGGCAGAGCUGGGCUGAGAGCCUGGGCUCCCUGGCUUCAGUCUCCUCUCUGGCCCCGUGUUUCCAGGGGCAGCUCUGGAGGCCUGUCCUCUAUUUCACCUGUUCUCAUUAGCCCAGCUUGUGCCUUCCUUGGUCCCAGUCUCUUUAUGUCAUUGUGCUGUCUUCUGCCCAUUUGCCCUUUGGGGAGGCUUCCUGCUGCAUCUGUGGGAUCUCCAUUGUUCAUUUGUGUGCCCUUUUAGCUCUUCCUUGCUGCCUGUCGUAAGUGCCCCAUCUAGAUUGCUAAAGUUCUUGGUAUUGCAGAGCCUCUAAAGCAAGCCUGCCAAUGAAGUCUCUUUGGGGUUGCUUUUCUGUUCUUUACCCAGGUCUAGCUCGUCUACUUGGGUGCUUGCUUUGGAACUUCCAAACCAAAGGCUAUGUGGCCCACUUGUCUCCUUGCUUGUGGCCAGUUGCUAAAUUCUUUAUCCUGUUGCAGGUGAGACCUCAGAUGGGCUAGCCUUUUCCUCUGAACUGAGGAGGUGUGAGCAGGUCCGAUAGGGUAGAGUGAGCAGCCAGGCUCUUACCAGGUCCUCUCUAGGCUCUGGAGGGCAUCUGGUCUUAUCCCAAGGUUCCUAACCUGCUUUCAGCCAGGAAGGGAAAUUAUGUGCUACCGUCUGGUUUUGUGGAGUUUUUUCACAUCUGACGCGCCUCUAGGAGAUAACUCAGAUCUUGGAAGCACUCUAGGAAGGGACCCAAAGGAGUUCAGGAGUGUCCAUUGUUCUCUUUCUUUUAAGAACUGAUGUGAGGUUGGCCUGUCUCUAUGAACUCCAGCCAGCCUGAGUAACCAGAAGGCUGAUGGCUCUUUUCAGUGUCUGAACUUGACUUUGUGGGCCAUGAGGUCAAAAUGCCUUUUGAGAUGUCACCAGGGUUGUGGUAGUUAGUGGAUGUGGGCUUCGACUGCACACAGGUCUGGGUGUGAACUGUGGCUCAGUCACAUAAGCUCUGGCUUCUCAGUUUAAAAAUAACAGAGAUAACAGUUCCUGCUGGAUCAUUGUCCGUCAGUGGGUGUAUGUCAGGUGCUUAGCCUGGAGCCCAGUGUACCUGGAUGACGUCUCAGUAAAAGGAAGGUAUUAAUACUUAGUCCCAGAGUAAUCGAUGACCUUUGAAGGUAAUAGGUGGAUGUAUCUGAUCAUUAAUUUAUCUAAGAAAUACGUAUCUAGCAUUAUGUGUCCAGCACGGUAGAGUUGCCAGGCAUGGUUUCAUUUAAUAUCCACCGUGACUUUGCAGGCUGGUGGUCUUGUUUCCCUUACAGAAGACAGGGAAGAGGCAGAGGGUAGGGGGUCUCUCCAGAUCUCACCAGUAGAGGGCGGUGGUUCUCAUGUUAAAGUGCCUGCUUUGCCCGAAUGUGAGGCCUGUGGCCAGUUUGCACAGACGGCUCCAGUCAGAACACUGGGCAGCUUUGGAUGGUCCUGCCAUUCAUUCAGGGUCUUCUGGACUCCUGCAUCUCCCUCCUGCCACCUCACCCUUUGGUUUUCCCUACACUUGUUUUUGUCUGGUGCAAAGUGGGAGGGAGAAAUCCAUGUGAAAUCUGUAGAAAGCUGUUCCCAGGCAACAGAGCUGUUGCAAGAACCCUCCUGGGUGAGAGUGGGGAAUUAGGGUUCAGAUCCUCUGGCUUGCAGGCCGCCAGUGGUUUCUGUUUCCUGCCUCCCUCCCACCUUACCCCUGCCUGCCAUCCUGCCUCUUUACUGCUGAGGGAAGGAGAGGUCAUUGCAUUUUUGGCAUGAAAGGAAUCAUUGAGAUGACCCUUGCAUGGCAAAGUGUGCUCCCUAGAGGUGAGGUGGUACCUCCAACUGCAUGUGAGCAGUGCCCUGAGCACUCUUCCCUCUGUGGGCACUGUUUUGUGGCCGUGCUAAUCUCCACAGCCAGACAGCCUUCUCUGGGCCCUCAGAGCUUGCUGUGUGGCUCUCUCCCACCCAUUUCAUUACCUAGCAAUUUACUCUUCUGCCAGUCAUGCUUGUGGGCAACUCUGGCUUCCAGAUCCUGUGUGUGGCUGUGCCCCUGGCUGCGUCUGCCCAGGGCAGAGGUUCCCUGGGAAGGUGGGAUACCAUUCCCCAUGGAGCAUUUCCACUGGGUUCGUGAUCUCAGUGCUCAGAACUUCUUUCCAUCUUUCUUGUUAGGGACUUUGGGGAUUAUCCCCUGACUGCAUCUCCCUCCCACCCUAAUCAAAGUUUGCUCGUUCAUGAACAAAUACAUUCAUGAAAUGAAUCUAAAUAAAUGACUUUUGGAUACUUCCAUUAGAAAAGAUGAUUAAGAAGUGGGGCAUACCUUGAAAAAAAGGGUGUGGGAGAUACUGGUUUGGCUGCUUCUGCUUUUGACAGUUCUCGAGAGUGACAGGUAUGGCGGGUGUGACACAUGGGUGAGUGAAUUGGGAAACUGAACUCAGCCCAUGGCUGUGCAUUCCCUUCUCUGUGGGGUGGCCUGCCCGCACCAGCCUGCCCUGCCUUCUCUUCCCUCAGACAUCUGACUCAAGUCAGCUGCAGGAUUGCAAACUGGUUAAAAAUUUGACCCUCAUUUUCAGGAAAUAAAUGAAAAAAUUCUGUGUUUACUCAGUUUUUGGCAUAGUUUAUUUUAAAACUUAAGAUUUUGGGGGGAUGUUUUAAGAGGUACUGUAGUUUUUUUUGCAGAUAGCAGUUUUUAAGAAGUUCAUAGACCUAUGACUGAAGUUAACUACAGAUUUCUAUUGAAAGUCUUGAUAGGAUAUUAAAAGAAUUUAGAAUUUUUUGAUUUUUUGGAAAUUCUUAUUUAUAAAGUCAGAUGGGAGGUUAAAUCAUGUGACUUUAUAGUACCUCCUGAUUCAUAGUUUACAAUUUAUAUGAAAUUCUGAGAUCUUGGGCAUUUGUAGUGUAAGUGUGGUGCAGUUAAUUCGAUCCCAAUUCCCUCAAGAUAGGCCAUUUAGUUCUACUUUGGUCUGUUUCCAACUCUUCCCUCUUGAGUCCCUGGGACACUUAAGCUGUGUUGUGGGUUGUUCUGUGGCACAGAAAGGCCUCACGAAGCCUGGGCAGAGAUCUCACACUAGAGCUUGUGAGUGGAGCUCAGUGAGGCACACGGGAGCCCCAGAGCCUUUGUUAAUGCACGUUGACCCCAAAUUCCAUUCUUCCUAGCAGGAGCUGAUGGGCUGAUAAUGGGCUUAGAAAUGCACAAAACCUUUUCUGUGGGAUGGGAUGAGCUGAAAGCAGAGAAGACUGAGUUCACCAGACGGGUGCAGUAUCGUCCUCCUGUGGACCAGACAUGGCUAUUUGAAAUGAAAAGUCAAUCCACAGCUUUGUAAUAAACACCUAAUGCUGGUGUGUGUGUUUACAACAAGGUAAUGUUACUAUAGUUAGUAUGAAAAAACUCAAUAAUACGUCACGGACAAACAUUCCCUGAUAAAAAUGGGCUGCCUGGGCUUAACAACCUUGUGAGGUAUCCUUCAAGACCAAAUUAAGACUGGUAUGUGGGCAGAAUGUUCUCUGUGUGUUGAACUUUCCAUAGUGCAGGUAAUGAGCCUUAUUCUAAGUACAAGCUAAUCAUGUGUUUGUAAAAUAUCCUAAAGAAGAAACCUAGUUUACAUUCAAUCUUGUGGUCUUUCUGCUAUGAGAAGUGUUUAUUUUGCCUUUUUCACUAUGUUUGCUUGACUUAGCCACCUUGAACAAGGAAAGGAAAAAUUAAAAAUCCUCUCAACCCUCUCCUUUUGCUGCUUUUGUAAAUUCUGAUUGUGAAGUUGGGGAUAAAGAUGUUCAAAAGCCCAUGGAGAAUUUACAUGCCUUCGGAACAUUGUGCCUGUUCUCAUAAGAUGAGCUUUUAAAACACUGUUAAAACAUGAAUCAAUUUUUGUAAUUGUAUAAAGAUACUCAACUAAUUUUGAAUGCUGGUGAUUGCAUAACUGAGUUUUUUAUAUCUCAAAAUAUAUUCUUAUGUGCUACUUUUGCUACCUGGAGAUUCUCUUUCAUACAACAAAUGUUUUCUUUUUACUGAUGCAUAUUGAAAAGAAAGAAUUUUGCUGGUAAUUAAGCUGUUUUUUUCUACCAGACAUCAUAAAACUGUUCUUAAUUUUACUUGUUUUGCUUUUUGUUUCCUUCUCCAAUAAAUGAUAGCAUUUUGAUCUUUAAUAAA